AUGGCACGCCGCUCCCAGCCAAUAGAGGUGGUGAAUUUGGUGAGCGAUGACGAAGACUCAGAUCCAGACACACCGCCCCUAGCAAUCAAACGGGAAAAUUCACCGGCGCGCCGCAUACAUGCCCCUCUCUACAAUGACCCCUCUGGCGCUCCUCCUGUAAAGGUUGAAACUGCGUCCCCGGAACCACCUCAAAUGGAGCAGCAAGACGCGCCCGUCGCAGGCGAAUACAUCUACAUUGAUGGCAAGCCUGUUUUCAUCCCGGACGAGCCGGCCGAGCAUGACCAUUUCAAUGCGUUCGAAACGGAUCCAGCACGUGACGAGCAACUUGCCCUUGCGCUCGCUAACGGCGCCGACUUGGAUACUGGUGCCCAUGACCACGACGAUCCGAUGGAUAUCGACAUGGACGACGACGAAGUCACUCAGGAUACCUGUCUGCAACAAGUUCUUGCCAUAUUCCCAGACAUCAGCCAUGAUCACGUCAUCGAUCUUUACACAGCAUUCGACCGGGAAGGAGACUAUGAGGUUCUGCCUGGGCGGGCACGAUUAGACAACAUCAUUGAGCAGCUGGUCUCUAGCGAAUCGUACCCCAAACAGGAGAAAGGCAAGAGGGCUCUUAAGCGGAAGCGGGAGGACAGCAUCGAUGGGAUCGACUUCAAGAAAUGGGAGAAAGCCGACCGCGCUGCUGUACCCAACUUCCUCAAAGGUUCGAUGCAGGUCAUGCUCAAGUCAGAGUUUCCGGAGAUCCCGGUCCAGUACAUCAACGCAAAGCUUGCCACCGAGCGACAUCUGUACAACGCAUUCACUGCACUCGCCAAAGAGAAAGACGACAGCGAGAGGGAUGAUGUACGCCGCUUUGGCAAGGGCCGUCCGUCGCAGCGGCAGAUUGCUGAUGCCGAUACCAUUGCCACGAACUGCGGCUGGCCUGAGUUACUGGAGGAGCUGAACGCUGCUCGCGCACGCAUGGUGUGCGUCAAGAUGGACAGGGCUGCAGAGGACGCGAAGAAGAUAGCUGAAAGGGAAAAUCUGGACCGGGCUAUUGCAGCUGGCGAGACUGCUGAGUGCUCAGCCUGUUUCGACGACCUCCCGAUGAAUCGCCAGAUUCACUGCAACGGAUCAGUGGCCCACUUCUUGUGCUUUGAUUGUGCCCUCACGUACAUUAAGACCGAGGUGGGUGAGUCUCGCUGCAACGUCCUUUGCACGGCAGGCUGUGGCGCUGGGUUUGCCGGCAACCAGCUUAAAUUGCUCUCGGACAAGCAGUUACUGGAGAAGCUGUCUCAGCUGGAGCAGGAGAAAGCCAUUCGGGAAGCUGGACUGGACGACCUCGAAGAGUGUCCCUUCUGCGAUUACAAGGCUAUUCUGCCGCCCAUCGAGGAAGACUUCGAAUUCCGCUGUGCCAACCCCGAAUGCGAGAAGGUCAGCUGCCGGCGCUGCAAGGCCAUAACGCAUAUCCCCAUCACCUGCGAACAGCAUGCCAAAGACAACAAGAUCAACAGCCGCCACAAGGUGGAGGAGGCCAUGACCGCGGCGCUCAUCCGAUCUUGCAACAAGUGCAAGAAGACCUUCAUCAAGGACUACGGCUGCAACAAGAUGUCGUGCAACAGCUGUGGGAACAAGCAGUGCUACGUCUGCUCGAAAGAUGUCCAUGACUACAACCACUUCGACCAGACUACGCGCCCGAAUGCGGGUGCAUCUUCUUCUAAAUCCAAACUCUGCCCUCUCUACGACAAUGUUGAGGAGCGGCACGAGCGGGAGGUCAAAGAAGCAGAGGCUGCUGCGCGCGCACAGGUUGUGGAGGACAAUCCGGACGUCACAGCAGAAGACCUUGAGAUCAAGGUAUCAGAUGCCGUCAAGCAGACCGCGGCCGAUCGGGUCCAGCAAGCCGGCGGUGUCAAUGCAGGGUUUGCGCCUUUCCUCGCCGGAGGUGCUUUCUUGCCCCAAUUACAACAUUACCAGCCAUACGUCCACCAGCCUCUGGCUCAUGGCGCCUACAGGAGAGCAGACGGUCGAGCGGCUCUCGAUGCCGAACUUGAGCGUGCAAGGGCGCGCGUCCGUGAGCGAGACGCACAACAAGCUGCCAGGGGAGCCGCUCGACAUAGAGCUUUACGCAACUGGAAUAACCCUGCACAGCCGCCAGCACAGCCGCCAGCGCAUGUUCAGGGCUACAUCCCGGUGUUGGGCUUCAACCCACCUGCGCAGCCGGCGGCUCCUCGCUGGGACCAGUAUUACCCUGGCCAGCCGCAGCGGGUUGAGGACAAUGUGCUCGACGAUCUGUUCGGCGGCAUGAACGACUUGAACGGCUUCGACUUUGGCGACUUGGAGGGGCUUGGUGGCGGGCAGAACGCAGGAGGUCAAGGCCUGGGAGCAGGAGAAGGGCAAAACGCAGCCAACAAUCCGAUUCAGAACAUCCCUUUCCGCCACCAACCACAAGCCAUCCCCGGCGCCUACCCAGACUACCUCGAUCCCCCAGUUCCUCGCCAACGAGAUGCCCAAUUCCAGCAGAACCUCCCAAUGCAGCAAGCCAUGCAGGCGCGGCAACAGCAGCAAGCGAUGCAGCAAGCUCUGUUGCAAAACCGCAACAACAACAUCAUCCACCAACACGCCGCCCCCCACGGCGCCGCGGCUCCGGCUCCGCGAGACGUCCAGCAACUCCAACAGCGCAACCUGCAGAACCUCGAGCAGCUUAGGCAGCAGCACCAGGCGAUUCUGCAGCGGCAGGCGGAGAGGGAGGCGGUGCGGGCGCAGCAGAGGGAGGCGAGGGUGCAUGUUGCGGAGUUUCAGCGGCAGGUUAGGGAGCAGGGGGGGGAGUGA